CUUCUCUCUCUCUCUCUCUCUCUCUCUCUCUCUCCAAUCUUUUCGAGCCCUCUCGAUAUGGUGUCGCCGUAAUCCUCUCCGCCGCUGCCGCCGCGUAACAAGGCGCACGAGGUACUUCAUCAACCUGAUUUCUGCAGUUUUGGGUAUGAUAAAACAUAGAAGAUCAUGGCAAACAUGCAGAGAGAGAACACCAUGAACAUAAUUCAACGAAAUCAUUCAGACAGGGUUCGACAUCGUAGGCAUUCAACAGAGGCUACUCCUGAUAUCAAUGGUCCUGGUGGUGCUAAUUUACUUGUCAAUGAUCAAAACAAGUAUAAAUCAAUGUUUGUUCGGGCACGUUCAUCUUUGUGGAUGCUGCUUGGGUUUUCGUUGGUUGUCUAUAUGGGACAUCUUUAUAUUUGUGGUUUAAUUGUGGGAAUCCAAAUUUUCAUGGCACGGGAAUUGUUCAACUUACGGAAACAAGCUAAUGAAGAUAGACAACUGCCGGGGUUCAGACUUUUGAAUUGGUAUUUUUUCUUCACUGCAAUGUUGUUUGCUUAUGGACGUUUUGUUAGCCAACAGCUUGUGAACACAGUAGCUUCAGAUAAACCGUUAUAUCAGGUCGUCAAUGGGCUUAUCAAAUAUCAGAUGUUUAUAUGCUACUUCCUAUAUAUAGCAGGUUUUAUGUGGUUCAUUCUUACAUUAAAGAAGAGGAGAUACAAGUAUCAAUUUGGCCAAUAUGCAUGGACUCACAUGAUACUUCUUCUAGUGUUUGCACAAUCCUCCUUCACAGUUGCAAAUAUUUUUGAAGGAAUUUUCUGGUUGCUGUUACCUGCUUCUCUUAUUGUUGUCAAUGAUGUUGCUGCAUACUUCUUUGGUUUCUUUUUUGGGAGAACACCAUUGAUCAAACUGUCUCCAAAGAAAACAUGGGAAGGUUUCAUUGGUGCAUCUUUUGCAACUAUACUUUCUGCAUUUAUGUGUGAUGCUUUAGGUGGGAGAGUCGACUCCUAGCUGUUUCGCGGCGAAGAUUAGCCUUUGCUGGAUCCCCUCGUCUUGAAUCUUUGCUUUCACGUUGUCUAUAGUGUCCCAGCUCUCAACCUCCAGAGUAAUGGUCUUCCCCGUGAGGGUCUUCACGAAGAUCUGCAUGCCACCGCGGAGACGGAGGACGAGGUGGAGAGUCGACUCCUUCUGGAUGUUGUAGUCCGCAAGCGUACGGCCGUCCUCGAGGUGCUUGCCUGCGGAGAUGAGCCUUUGCUGCGAAGAUGAGCCUUUGCUGGUCCGGGGGGAUCCCCUCCUUGUCUUGGAUCAUACCUCCACGACAUUAUUCUUGGAGUGUAAACAAAUAAAGCAUCACACUAAGGAAACUGGUUAAUAAAUUGAAACAUUCACAUGCAAAAUCUAAUAUAAUUGAUGAUGAAUUCAAAAAUAAU